UGUAAUAUAGUAACAACAUUUCUUGUAUAAUUAAUAUGAUUUAUUAUUCCUUUCUCUUUUUCAGGAAAAAGUUUGUGAACUAUGUGGUGAUAAUGGUGGUAAUUUUAAACAUUUACUUGUAACUUGCUCUGUGUGCAACACAACUUGUGAACAUGUUUAUUGCAUGAGAAGAAAAGUAAAGCAUGAGGUGCCUGAAUGUUGGGUCUGUGAAUUAUGCCAAAGUGUUAGCAACUCGACUUCGAUGGAAUCUGAGAAGAACGACGAAGCUGUCACAACAAAAGCAUUGAGAAAUGGGCGAUUCUCAGUUUCACAGCUUCAUUCCAAGAAGAGAAAGUCUGUAGAAACAGAUAUGACAAUUAGUUCCCUAAUGAAGAAAAAAAGGAGAGCUUCAUCACGUCGUCAAAAUAAACGAAAGAAAACCUUUUCUUCAAGUCAUCGUAAUAGAAAGAAGGAUGCAGUGUUUAAGGAAAAAGUUUGUGAAGUAUGUGGUGAUAAUGGUGGCAAUUUUAAACAUUUACUUGUAACUUGCUCUGUGUGCAACACAACUUUUGAACAUGUUUAUUGCAUGAGAAGAAAAGUAAAGCAUGAGGUGCCUGAAUGUUGGAUCUGUGAAUCAUGCCAAAGUGUCAGUGACCCGACUUCGAUGGAAUCUGAGAAGAACGACGAAGCUGUCACAACAAGAGCAUUGAGAAAUGGGCGAUUCUCAGUUUCACAGCUUCAUUCCAAGAAGAGAAAGUCUGUAGAAACAGAUAUGACAAUUAGUUCCCUAAUGAAGAAAAAAAGGAGAGCUUCAUCACGUCGUCAAAAUAAACGAAAGAAAACAUUUUCUUCAAGUCGUCGUAAUAAAAAGAAGGAUGCAAUUUAUAAGAAUUUCGAUGCAAACAAAUUUACUUUUGUUGAUUCUAACAUCCACAUUUCAAGUCAUUGGCACGGUUUUGAUUGUAUACGAAGCUUUCUAAGCACGCCGCAGCUACAGAAGUUGAGAGGAUCAUGUUUUGGAUUUCUUUUAGAUUUAGAUAAAUCUCUUAAACCAUCAAACAUGAUUAUCCACUCUCUCUUACUUCAUCAAGAGUGCAACUCUAAUAUAAAUGAGCUUCAGUUGAGUUUUGGUCACCACAAAGCAAAGUUUGGUAUUGCUGAGUUUGGUUUCAUAACGGGUUUGAAUUGCAAUGAAUUUCCACCAGAUUUUGAUGUCAUUGACUGCCCUACCAAUCGAUUACUGAACAAGUACUUUCCUCACAAAGAAUUCAUUAAAAGAAACGAGUUGGCAGAAUUUCUUAUGAAAACCAAUAUUGAUGAUGAUGACGAUGCUGUUAAAUUGACAAAGGUUUUUAUUGUGCAAAACAUUUUAGAAAGUAAGCGCGGUGAUAGGUAUAUUGACAAUUUUGUUCUGAGAUUGGUUGAUGAUGAACAACUAUUUGAAAACUAUCCUUGGGGCCGCCGUUCUUUCAAUGCAACGAUUGGCAAUCUUUCUACUGCUGUGAAUUGUCGAAAAACGGGGUAUGAGUUAUGUGGCUUUCCUUUAGCUUUUCAAAUUUGGGGUUUUGAAGUUCUUCCGAAGUUAGGCUCAUUGUUUGCAACUAAGGUUGGUAGUAACAUUCCUAAAAUUUUAAACUGGAAGUUGACCAAGACGGCCCGCCUCCAUACAAUAUGGAGAAAAGUUUUCAAAGAUCCGACGGUUGUUUAUGCCCCUUUGGCUCUCUUUAAUGCCAGAAGGACUCCUGAUUUUAGUAGUCCAACAAUGAAUAAUGAUGAAGAUAUUGUUUCAUUAAAGGAUUUAAUGAAAGAGAAUGGUGAAAUCAAGAAAGAGAAUGCUGAAAUGAGGAAAGAGCAUGGUGAAUUAAGAAAGAAAAUAGAUGAGCUUAAUCACAAAAUUACAGAACUUAGUGGAUUAAAGACGGAUUUCGAAAAAAUUAAGGAUCUUGUUAUGUCAUUAGUGGAUAAAGAUGUUGUAAAGAAGGAAACAUGUGGAGAAGGAGAGAAGGAUAAACAUAACAAUUUGUUAUCUGGUGAAAUUGUUCCUCAUUCACCAGUGAUUUUACAGGAUUUUGGAUUCAGGUGUAGAAAUUCGUCAAAUGAAAGAAAGAUUGCAUUUGCAGAACAAGAAAACGAACGAUAUUCUAGCAAUUGAUAAGCAAGUCCAAGAAAUGGGACAUGGAUUGUUUUGAUGAUGAAAUUCCAAGCUUAUUCCAGCAAUGGAUAAGCAAGUACAAGAAAUGAGAUCUAGAAAGAAACAUGGGUUGUGUUGAUGGUGAUAUUCCAAGCUUUUUCUUUUUCUUUUUUGAACUUCAUCCAAAGAAGUUUAUAUACAUGCUAAUUGUAUGUGUUAAGUGCUUGUUAUGUAGUACUUUCUUUGUGGUAGCUACCUAAUCAGAUUGUUCUUUCUUUUGCUGCUUGAAAUGUACCACACCACACCAGUUUCUCAUAUCCAAUUUGGAGUGUGUAAUUAGGAUACUAAAAAGUAGGGGUGAUAAUUCGUGUUUGCAAAUUGUAUUCGUGUCGAGACAUAUACAAUAGGUAUAUGCUCGAUUUGAACACGAUAAUUAUAUUUUGUUUAAACAUGUCAACUAAUGACACGCUUAUGAUAUAUUCAACAUGA